AUGGUCGCCUCCUCCCUCCACCGCCUCGGCGUCGCGCUCCUCGCAGCAACAGCACUCCUCCUCCCCGUCGCCUCGGCGCAGACGGCCUGCAACGGCCACCAGGAGUUCUGCUCGCGGUCCUACUCGAACGUGUCGAUCGUCGGCACGCACAACAGCUAUGGCGUCCGCGCAGGCAGCAUCGCCGCCAACCAGAACUACACGAUCGAGACGCAGCUCGACGACGGCAUUCGGCUGCUGCAGGUCCAGGGCCACAUGAACGGCGACGAGCUCCACCUCUGCCACACUCUCUGCCUGCUUCUCGACGGCGGCACAUUCACGUCGUACCUGUCGACGGUCAAGACGUGGCUCGACGCCAACCCGAACGAGGUCGUGACGAUCCUCAUGGUCAACUCGGACGGCAUCUCGCCGAGCGUGUGGGCCCAGUCGUACGAGGACUCGGGCAUCAAGUCGCUCGUGUACACGCCGCCGAGCACGCCCGUCGCGUACGACGCGUGGCCGACCUACCAGGAGCUCAUCUCGGCCGGCACGAGGGUCGUCAGCUUCCUCGCCCAGAACGCCGACACGUCGGCCGUGCCGUACCUCCUCGACGAGUUCACCAACGUGUGGGAGACGCCUUACGGCCAAACCGACAACAGCUUCCCCUGCAACGUCGACCGCGUCACGGGCUCGGCCGACAACAAAAUGUACCUCGUCAACCACUACCUCGACGUCAACACGACCAUCUUUGGCCAGACGGUGCCCGUCCCGGCGACGGCCGCGCUCGAGGAGACAAACGCGCUCACGGGCACGGGCUCGCUCGGUGCCCAGGCGAGCACGUGCCUCGCCGAGCACGGCUUCUACCCGACGUUUACGCUCGUCGACUACUACGACAUCGGCAACGGCUCGGUCUUUGAGUACGCUGCGCAGCUGAACGGCGUCAACUACGUCCCGGUCGAGAUCGGCAACGGCACCACCACCACCUCGUCCUCCUCUGGCGGCUCGUCGAGCUCUGGAGGCUCGUCGAAGGGCGGCACGUCUGCGUCGGCCGACUCGGGUGCGGCGGCAACGACGUCGCGAGCUGGACUUGCGGCGGUCGGUGCGCUCGGCGUCUUGUCGGCCGUGCUGGCCCUUUGAGAUUCCCCUGCGUCAUAGACACUCCUCUCGCCGUCUCUUCUGGUGCGCUCGCAAUGCACUCUCGUUCAUAGUC